CUGUUCGAAGUCUCAGCCAGGGCGGGCCCAGCAAGCUACGAACAGUGGGGGUUGGAUGCAGGUGAUCAUCAGGGUAAAUGGUAUCCUUAUGGAAAUCUGCCGUCGGACUGGACAGAGGAAGAUUUCGCCGUCAGUGAUUCGGAACUGACCGUA